UGAUUGCAGGCUCGCGUGUGGAGCACUGAUUUUCAAAAUGGCGGCGAUCGCUCGAGAUUCCUCAAGAUUUGCCGGCAUAAAAACCGUUAGUGAAAAGUUUUCACAGCCUGAAGUAGAUGCCGAAGGAAGAGUUAGAAAGGUUUGUGAUCAGUUUCUCAAGUUAAAAGAUCCAGAAGGCUUCCUUUAGGUAUGGGGUUCCUUGGUUUUUUCCCUUCCUGUGCAUAAAAGGAGUUGGUUGAUUUGCGUUGGAAGGCAUUUCCGGUUGAUAAGAAAGAAGCUCGCCGACUUGUAAACUUAAAAACUUCCGCUUUAGUCCUAGCAAAUGGACGCUACAAUAAAUUUUAUUGUAUUUUACAAGUUUUUCUUGCGAUGUCAGAUUUCUACGUGAGCGGAAUAGACCUCUUUAGCUUGUAUGUUUUGUUUUCCCCUUACAGGUCAUGUGAUAAUACUCUAGAAAUUAAGUGAACUGUUUUUUUCAAUUUCGUGUUAUUCACGUGCAUAUGUUAUUAUGUACGAAUGAUUUAUAAAAAGACAAAGGGUCACGUUCCCCUGGGACCUCUGUUGUGAAAACAAAACAUAAAAGCUUAAGUUUUUAACAGGGGUGUUGCUCUUAAUCUCAUAGAUGCAUGUCAGUCUUGAUUAUUUGUUAUUAAUUUUUCUUUAUUUCCCCUUUUGUCUGCUAACAACAGUAAACGAUGAUAUUAAAAAGCUUAAUCUUAAGCCUCAAAACACCCCCAUUCUAGUUGCUUUUCACAAAGGAAACUGGCAUACGCUCAGGCCUGAUGGGGACCUGGCUUAAAUGCAGAUUUUACUGUAUCUCAAGUCAUAAGCAUCAAAUAGUCCACUGAGAAGUGAAGUCCUCAGAAUUCAAGAUCAUCAUGAAUACUUAUUCAUACAUUUAUUUACUUUAAGGGUUUGUUAUUUGCUCUGGCCACGACAUUUACCAAACAGAUUUUAAAACUCAUGGCAACAAUUUCAUACUAAUCGAAUAUUUCACUCAAAUCGCUCAAACAGCGAUGUGAUUUGACCUCUCCUGGGAAUAUGUUUACUGCUUUUUUGUUACAUAUUAAAAAACUGAACUUUAUUUUACAUUGCUGAUGAAGUUUGAGCCAUUCAAAUAAAAUAUGUGAUUAGUCUGAAAUUGGUGCUCUGAGUUUUGGAAACUUUGCAAAACUAAUUUUGUGAUAAAGUACGAUAAUGUAUGCAUUUAAUGAUUUAAGUGAUGCAAAAGUGAAAAAUGCUGACCAUAGAGUCAGUGAGCUAUUAUAAUGAAGAGAAGCACUACAGGGUGCAAAGAAAGUCGGUUUUACAGCCUGCCGUUCGGGCAAGCUGUAGCUAGUAUGUACUAGCCCGCAAGUCAUUUUAACUUGCCCCCAAACCCUUUUUGAUUAGCAGGAUUGAUUACAAUCCUUUGUAAUUUGAAUUUCCCAAAAAAAACAGCACUUGCCCGUUAGGCAAGUUAAGAACAAAAAUCACUAGCCCGAUAGCAAAAUCCACUAGCCCCAGGCUAUCGGACACGACUUUCUUUGCACGCUGCACUAUUGUUCUUUACACCAGAGACGUAGCUAAGGAAAAGCUAAGCAUGCUUCUUUAUUUGUCGAGCCAGCUUCUUGUACUCAAUUGCACUUACAUGUACAAAAAUCAUUGUCUUCCAGAGUUUUUUGGGGGGGUCAACCCAAAAUAAUUUAGAAGGGUUUGUAUGGAGUUUUCUAAGCAUAACUGGGCAUGAUCUCAGAGACAAUUUGUCCCGAAAUGGUCAUUUUUGGCAAGUAGGCCUCUUGGACAUUGUUCUUUCAGAAUAUCCUGACAAAUCCCAUGAUUUCAGAAAUUUCAUUUUCAUGACGUCACACUUUAGUACUCUAUUAAACCAGGGAUAGACCAAGGUGGCAGUUGUGGAGAGGGUCAACAGUAAUUUUGAUUUGAUUUGCUUUUAUGGUUUGCUUUUUAUUAAUUAAGGUGGAGACUAGAGAGGAUGAGGAGCAGAAUGUAAAAAUGGCUGAAACAAUUGAGCUUCUGUUGGCAGCAGGUUAUUUCAGAGCAAGAAUCAAAGGAUUAUCUCCAUUUGAUAAGGUACACCUGUAUUUGAUUGAUUUGUAAGAUAUGGGAACCUGUACUUUUUAUUCUGAAAGUGGGAAUCCCCUUCUACACAAUGUAACAGUAAAAGUAAUCAUGUACAUGCACUCACACAUUUUCUAUUUGAGAAAAAAAACAUCAUGCUUUCUAGUUUACAUAGUGGACUACAAUUCAAAGAAACAUGAAUAUAGACUUGAUUCUCUAAAAUUGAUAUUCAGUGCCUGUUAUUGAUAGUGUCUUUUUUGUCCAAAAAAAACUUUUACUCAUUACAGUGUAGGAAAUAAUACAUGAGCUUGUACAUGUAAGCACUAAUGAUGGGUGCAGAUUUCUCUAUGUGUGAAUGGUUAGUGUUCUUUCCUCAUGAAAUAUUACAAGGUCUCUCAAUAAUCCCUGUGAGUGAUAAAAUAAUAUUAUAAUCCUGGUUUUUCAAAAAGUUGAAGUGCAAAACUUGAGACUUGAGUUGAGACAUUCAUGCUUUUACAGAUUAUGUUCAAUGUCCUUUAAUAUCUUAAAGGUUGUUGGUGGUAUGACUUGGUGUAUUUCAGUCUGUGACUUUGACAUUGAUGUUGAUUUACUUUUCCAAGAAAAUUCAACCAUUGGUCAGAAAAUGUGAGUACCCCAAAAGCCAUUAUACCAAUAAUUAACUUUAUCACUGAGUUGACACUCUCCAAUGUAGGAAGAAACCAGGUCUUCUCAGCUUACAUGCCUCCUAUUCACGCAUAGUGAGCGUAAAAUCUCAAUAUACUCCCUUUGCUUAAAAAUUCACAACUUUGCACUAAAAAGUUCCCAAGGAUUCAAAGUAAUGUAUGUUAAUGUAUGUCAAAAUUAAAUUCAGGUUAAAAUUUUUAACCUAAUUUGAUUCUCAAUUUCCUUUGUCUCGUAGCCCUAAUUCAUAAAUAAUUAGGGCUAGGAGACAAAGGGAAGAGAGAAUCAACCUAUUUAAAAAAAUUUUAAGCUGAUUUAAUUUUGACAUGUACAGUAAGAAAAAAAGUAGGCAUUGAAACUUGCUAUGCUAGAAUGCUUAUAAGGUCGAAGAUGAGAUUAAAAUUUUCUGAGACCCACACACUGAUGUAUAUGCUAGCCUCUGCUCAGUCAAUAUAUUUAGUUAUCAUUAUUAUUUUUAAUUAUUUUCCAGUGCUCUGACAGAAAAGAUUGUUGCAGUUCUUCCACGCAUGAAAUGUCCUCAUCGUCUGGAGCCUCACCAAAUUCAAGGCUUGGAUUUCAUCAAUAUUUUCCCUGUCAUCCAGGUAACAAAAUUGAUAUUGCCCUUCGAAUGGGCAAUCUUAUCCUGCUUCUUGCAUGGGACUAUUAAUUUAGAAAUUCUCUCUAUCACAUAAUCUUUACUACAGCCUGUUAUCUUUAAGAAAAAAAAUAUGAUAAGCAUUUUUAUAUUUGCUCAAAUUUAGAUUUACAUUAUUAUUGUUUGUUCCUUGAUUCAGUUUAAGUAACAUUUAACCCUUUAAGUCCCAAUGGUGAUCAAGAUCAAUUUUCUCCCAACAAUAUCCAUGUGUUGCCAAGAGGAAUGGUUAUGAGAGUUAAUGAAAUGAUCACUAAAGAGAAAAUGCUUUGAUCUGUUAUCAAACUCUCUCAACUAAUUCUUUAAAGAAAUGUAUGAAGAUCAGUAUGGAGAAUUUGUAUGUGGAUAUUGGGGCUUAAAGGGAUAACCACAAGCAAAAACAAGAGCAGGCAGUUUUAGCCAAAACAAUAGAAAAGCUUAGAAGUCGCAAUGUGUUAGAAUCCGAGAUUAAGUUGUACUUUGUUUGAUUUCUGCCACAUGGAAUUUCAUACAGAGUACAAAAGUUAAUCUUCACAUCAAAAAAUUUUAAGGGACACUGAGUACUCAUUGUUACAAGAAAUUUCACAUAUGGGGAUGGUCAAUAUAAUCGGAGCUUUAAAAAAUUACCACAUCCCUACACAUUCCCUAAGAACAACCCCCCCUCUUGGGGGGGGGGGGUACUUUAGGAAUUUCUGGAUGGGGAUGUGCCACUGGAACCCUGGAACCCUUGACCUAUACCAGAGCUAGUUCAGCUGAAUUUUGCUACCCUAUACUAGAGUAAACUCUCCAAAUCCCCCUAUGCUAGAGUAGCUGUUUUCCAGAAACCACUGAGGUCACUAGCACAGUCUAGCCAAAACAAAACCUUAUACCACAAUCCCUAGUCUAGAUAAAAUCUUCAACCAACUGAUCAGUUUCUGACAAAUGAUAACCUAUUCUAGACCCAAACACUCUGAUUUAUAUACCCUAUCCUAGAGUAAACUGCUUGAAAACCAUUGAAAACCAUACCCUUCACAGCAGCACAUACCUAUAUAGCCCAUUAUGGCAGUACCCCCCCCCCACAGCAACAACCCCACAUGUGAUUAGUGAAGGGGAAGGCGGGCCAUGAGCAUUGCAGAUGACGUGACUCAUGUUUUACCCCACCUAAAUUAUAUGAUUUUGCCACAUUUAAGUCUCUUUUGGCAUACCAACAAUUGACUUUUUGUAAUUAUGCUAGUAAUAUUUUCAGUAUGUGUUAAACAACAGGCUUGUAGCCAAGCUAAGUUAAGUUAAGUUAAUUCACAUUCAGAAAAAAAGAAAGAAAACAGGAGACGUUUACACCUUAUAUAACUUUAGCAACAGGGAAUUGGUAGCUACUCAUGCAAGACAUUUUUGUCAAGGGUUUUUUUUUUUUCUUUUCUUUUACUCCUCAGUGGUUGGUGAAAAAAGCAAUUGAAAGAAAGGAAGAAAUGGGUGAUUAUAUUCGAGAGUUUUCAGUGUCACAAUUCAGCAAGUACCACACCACUCCACAGGUGAAUGCGAAAUGUUUGUCAUGAGUACUGAAUAGCUGGAAGCCUCACUUGUGAGAGUUGCGGAGUGAGAACAAUAGGGCUUUAUGGGUUUGCGCUGGUAGCACUCCUUGCCAAAAUUGUGCCCAAACUCACACAAGUGAGCCUGCUUGAAAGUUAGGAGCAAGCUCUCCUUGAGUUUUCCCAAGCAGACGUGGUAAGGGGUUGCACUCAAGAGUGGCCAGCACUGCCGCCCAAUUUCCUCGUGGCUGACCUUGCUUGAUGCUCAUGUGAGACCCUUUGACCCCUUGUACUCUGGAAGCCAAGAGGAGAGCUUGCUUGCAUGCAUUGUGGAAUGCAAAGUGUUCUUCAUUUCUGUUAAGAUUAAAGUACAAGUUUUCUAAUUCUCCACAAAUUGCAGCAUUUCCUUUACAUCCCUUUCCGUUUUGUGAACAAUGCAGUCAAAUUAUUCAUUUUUUAUGGGAUGUUACUAAAACAGAGAAUGAGAAAAGGAAAAAUUGGAACCAAAACCAGUAACUUUCAAUUCUCUACUUUGUUUGCCAUAAGUUGAACAAAGCAAAAAAAUCUAAUUAUUUAAACUCUCAUGGCAAGGAAGCCCAAGAGAAGCCACCGGGCUGCUUUCAUCCCAUUUUUCAUUAAUUACCCAUUUCCCAUGCUCUUUCCAUGUUCCCCGUGUUGGUGACAUUUUUUUUGUUUUUGUAAGUCUUGUCUUUUUCCCUUGAGGUUAUUGUUCAAUUGUGAUAUGUAAUUUUAGGAUGAUGAAUUUAAUGUCAGGAAACCCAAGUGCAUCAGUGGAAUGGAAGGUCUUAAGGUUGGCGUUAUUUAGUUUUUUUGAGCCAGAAAACAAUUUCUGGUAUUCUUGACCAUGAGGACUGGUUGCCCAUUUUAAAGAUAGGUCUGCUUCUUUUAUUAGUAAGUUUAGAGUUUUUACAAUCUGCACUUUUUUUGGCCUCGUGGUUUUGUUAUCGCAAUGAAAGAUACCUGUUCAUAACUUUCCAAAACGCUAUUAGCCUGCAGAACAGGCGUCAUUUUGCAGGUGUAGGUUUGCGAGGGCAAGCGGGAGGCAGGCGUGGAUAGUGAGACACCCUCCCCCUUCACACAUACGUCUCAGAAACUCCAAACGCGCCUCGCACUUGCCUUCGCUAGCCUGAAAAUGCUAAAAAUAACUCUUGUUCUGUAAGCUAGAACCACCUUAUUAAAGUUGGUAAAAUUCUUUUACACCUCUUUAAGCCUGAUCGAAAAUUUACUUGUUUUAGGAAACAUAUAAACCACGUAGAAGAUAUCGCAAACCAGAGUCCAUGUCUCAAACUGAUGAAGAGACGAAGGUCCGUACAACUCUUUUAGAAUACGGUUGGUAAGUGUAACAAUUUCUUUUCCAUUCUUAUUUUGGAGUAUCUCGUAGCAUUGUGUCAAAUCAAGCCAUAUCCGCGUAAGCCUGGUUUUCAGUGGCCUUUUGGGAAUUAUGCGUGAGCGAGUGAAACUGGUGAGUGUUGUGUCGCUCGAAAGUCAUCUCGCCCGAAACCAGAGUCAUGUCGCUCGAAAUUUUUAGUUAAGUCGUCCAAAAUUUUAUUAUAAUAAAGAGUGUGUGUGAUAUAUCUCGUUCUUUAAGCGAUAAUGAGACAAAAAAAGCGAGAUAAUGGUGUAAUUAAGUCUCGUUCUUUAACCAAUGAUGUUAUGGAGAGACCGAACAAGCGGAAUGAAUGUGAUCAUAUUCCGUUCUUUAUGCGAUGAAGAGACGAAACAAGCGAGAUGAAUGUGUAACAUAUCUCGUUCUUUUAGCCUUAAUGAAAUGAAACAAGCACGUCAAAUGAGUAAUAUAUCUUGUUCUUAAAGAUUUCGUGACGCGAAACAAGUGCUAUAAGAUGUUAGGAUGUUGCUGAGCGUGAUAAAAUUUCGCGCGACUUGACUAAAAAUGUCGGGCGACAUAACAUCGGGCAAGAUGACUUUCGGGCGACUUGACUUUAAACCAUUGCACCAUGGGACUGUUUGUCCUGGACGGAGUUUGACCCAGUUUCCUUUACAAUCUCUUAAUGGCCAAUCAAAGAAGAGGUGACGUCCCCAAAACAGUCCCAUAGUUCAGUUCGACACAACAUCGACCCAGUCUAGCUCACACGUAACCCCAGACCGGCCUAUAGAGACCUUUAGGCCUUUUGGCGUCUUCUUAAAAAAAAAACACCCCGGAAAGCUUCAUUGUACCUCUUAUUAACCAGAAAAGUUAGCACGGUUAUUUUUAUUGGAUGAGAUUAAGGGUGCGUUCGAUUGGGAAAUCCGGAUUUAGAUUUUCAAAAUCUAAAUCCGGUUUUCCCAAUCGAACGCGAAAUCCGAAAACGGAUUUCACCUCCGAGAAAUUCGUCCUCAGGGUGGAUUUCAAUUAAGAAAUCCAAAUCCGGAUUUCAUGGAUUUCCUUUUUACCGUUUGAUUGGGAAAUGCGAAAAAGGAUUUGCAAAACUAUUCUCGUGAACAGUGGUCUUCUUUUUGCUAAGUAUGCGUGCGCGUGCAAGACCGCUGUUCUUAAGGACAGUUUUUCAAAUCCUUUUUCGGAUUUUCCAAUCGAACGGUAAAAAUGAAAAUCCAAAAACAGAUAUCUCAGCGUUGAAAUCCGUUUUCGCAUUUCGCGUUCGAUUGCAAUCCGAAAUCCGGAUUUUCAAAAUCUAAAUCCAGAUUUCCCAAUCGAACGCACCCUAAGCCUUCUCCAGUUCGCAAAAUUAUGAAACUUUUAACAUUUGAUAACUUGUUUCCGCCACUAUGAAGGAAUACUCGCCAAAACCAGUAAUAGAAUGACGACGGAUAUCACGUUUUCCCGCCAAAAUGACGCUGUUUCACGCGCGUGCACUGCUUAAAUCUCGCUCUUGUAGUCGUCCUUGCCUGAGAAUCUAAAGGUCUCUGUUUUGUUUAUAGUCGCUAUGUUGCUGAAAGCAAAGUUCGAAGAUCGCAAUCCUUGGUUGCGGUUGAUAUUAUUCUCUAGUCAUCUCAUGCCUACCCGCCAAACAUAUUUCCCCUGUUGAUGAAUUCUUUGAAUGUCAAGGUAACCGUGAGUAUUGUUUUCACUCCUCAGGCAAUAUGGAUUUAGUAAGGAACAGAGAGAUAAGGUAUGAUACACCGUUAUAGGCAUUUCGCACCAAUCAAGCUUCUAGUGGCGAGCGAAGAUUGAACGCCGCGAGUGUAUGACUUGCGAGCGACUUUUGGAGAGAUCUUCCUCAACUAGGGAGCUUGCUCGCAGAUUAUUUCUUAGGCCAAUUUUCGCCUCUUAUACCAACAAUACUGAGCCAAACUACUGCUGGUUAAGGGACAUCUUAUUCGAAUUUUUGCACUUAAGGCUCAAAUCCACCAUAAUAGCGACUUUAAGAUACACCGUUUCGGCCUACGCGUACGGGUAAGCGAACUUGUUAACCCCGUAGUUUAAUAAAAGGCAACCGUUAUUUUCCAGAUGUGAUAAUGGCGUAACCAUUCCAUCUGGUAGCCUACCCGUUUCUGCCGGAGUAAGAGGCAAUCUACCCCUAUUUACGGUUAAUUUAACCGUAUCCGUGCACGGAAACGGUGUGUCUUACGGUCUCUAAUAAAGAGAGGAGAGGUGUGACGUCACGUCAGGUUACCAUGGUGGCACUAUCUCUGGAUCUCAACAAUCCUUCUUGACACAGACGGCAAUUUACAUUGUCAAACGAUAGAAGAAAAGUAUGGGCUAACCGUUUUGUUCCUGAGUGCAAUCAUGCACAAGAAAGUCAUACAUGUGAAUUUUUUCUCCUUUUUUUCCCAUAUUUGCAUGACCACGGUUCGUUGAGAUCCAGAAAUUUUGGUACCAUGGUAACGCGAGGUAGCGACUUCGCCUCUCUUAUUCCCACCCACAAAUAUCUAAGGAACUAAUCGAGGCGGAGGGAGGAAAGAACAUAUUUUGCAACACUUGGUUUGAGAAGGAUGGACUACACAAUAAUGGCGACAAAUACGAUAAGAAGAGAGACUAACAUGUACGAUAAAAUUAAAAGUAUUUGUUUUCAUAAACUGAGGAGGAUUGAGGAUUAAGUUGUGGAUAGGUAUCUCAGUGAGAUAAAAACUGUUUUAAGUUCUCAGGAAGUAAUCCACUUCUGAUCUUUAUUUUUAAGUUAUUUUUUUAAAUGCUCUAUUAGGAAAAGGAACAGGCGGAAAAAAAGAAAUCCGCUGCUGCUGCGGUUCCUGGAGGAAUGAGAACUGCAUCAUCUGGAGAAGAAGAUGAAUAUUUAGUGGAGCAGGUAGCACUUUGUAAGAUAAAACAAGCACCGUUGCAAAAUAACGGCGCUUCUUAAAUUACCGUAAACUGCCGUUUACAAGUCCUGGACUAAUACAUCUUCGCAAUGGGGUUUUAGGAGGGUUAUAAACGGAAGGGCUUAUGUCCAAGGGGGAUUAUAACCAGAAUAGAAAAAGCGCUUCAAAACAAGCUAAAAUAGUGCUGUUCAAAAUACGUUUUGCAUCUACUGGUUUUUAAUUAAGGUCAAAACGUGUAAACGUCAUAAUAAAUAAUUCUUUUCAAUGCAUUUCGAAGGAGCUCAUAUUCGGAUGUAUUUUUUGUUGUUUAGAAGUAGAUUGGCCUACAACGUGAAGGUCUUAUACGUGAAGGGCUUAUAUGUAAAAGCGACUGUUUAUGGUAUACCCUCGCUGGAUUUAAUUUGUAAGUGCAGGUGUGGGUGCGAGUGUGAGUGAAGGUGCCGGUUAGGAUUUACAGGGCUAGGGUUUGAUUUACGUGGCACUAGUUUAGUCACACCUGCACACCUACAAUAAGCAAGGGGAGGCACUUACACCGAACAAAAUGUUUGCACAGGCCAGUUAAACGGAGAAAGAGAAACGUUUAUGUUUCUUACCACACAGGAAAAACGCACUUUAAUUGACUGUCAAUGUAUUUAACACGAAAGUAGCAAUUGAGGACACUAUUUUUACGUAUUGGAUACGAGAUCGCCGUCAUACUUGGUCAUCCGAACCGCGCGAAGGUCUAGCCGUUUGCAGGACGAGGACAGUACCUUCACUUCCCAGUUAUUUUAAGACCCUGAGUAUUGGUCCGGCCCCGGGAAACGAUCCCGCUCUGCAAUCAAGCACUUAACCAACUGAGCUAAUCCUGCCGCGAUGGCAGUACGGCAUUAGGCUACGAUUAAAGUCAUUCGCGUUUUUUAAGCCGGCUUACUUUUCUUUCAUUUUUCUUUUUAAAUUAACAAUUGCCCUUUGAACUUUCUUUAUUGCAGAAACGUCUAAAAUCAUUGCUGAAAGGAAUGUCUGUUAUGGAGGGAAAGGAGGUGAGCUAGAAUGCUGAGUAAAAAUGGUCAGAAAAAUUUGCAUUCAAAGGAAAAUGUUUCAUGCAAUUAACCAAACUCCACUGAGAACUGGCCACCAAGAUGAGUAAAAUAUGAAAAUAACGGCUGAAAACGGCAAAAACUAACACUGAGGCACAGAUGGACUAGUUAAAGAAAAAGCUGAUUACAAUAGGUCAAUUAUGAGUUGCCUAGAGCCAUUUUUAAAACUAGUAUGAGUUCGAAGUCUUUGAUGUAAAAAAAAAAUUCUUUUCUGCGGUAAUUAAAACUAAUUAUUAUUCAAUUAAAAAAUAUUUCUCCGUUUCUGAGCGGUUUUAAUCUCCUGGCUAUAUAUCUAACGGUGUUGUCCGUUAAAUUUUUUUAAGGGUGCCCUUUCAUCAAGUACUGUGGGAUCCAUUGUAGGACUUCAGUCAGAGGAGAUCUCUCAGAUUGCUUCUGAGUAUGCUGAAAGGGUAAGUGUCUGCUGUUGUUCAAAGCAAGGAUAGCACGAGAUUUGAAUUCAGAUCUUAACGUGCUUACAAAGCAAAUUCAGCUUAGUGUAUUCUUUUUGCCUAUAAUUUCAUUUGCGGGUUGCUUUAAGAUGACUGGCUAAAAUUAACAAAGAAAAUACUUCUGAAAGACAGAAACAAAAACGUGGAUUAAAAUUAAAACCUGGUUUAGCGAUAAUCGCCUUUUGUACCACUGUAAAGAAUAGAUCAGGGAGUAAAAGAAGUAGGUGCAUUUCAGACCAGGUUUCUCUUAUCUCUUUACUUCUCACUGUUAGGCCUAGUUCAGACGCCGCACUUUUCAUGUGCCGAACCAAACUGAAUAAGUUCGACUUUGGAGCGACACUGGCGCGACAUCUGAUUCAGACGGCGUACCGUGUGUCGAACCUAAGUUAAGUUCGACAAAAGUUCGACAGACUCUGUCGAACUUAACGCUUUUGCCGCACCAAACUAAAACUACCGUACCAAAUUGAUUCAGACGCCGCUCUUUUGCCGUACUUAAUUCAUCAGUUAGGUUCGGCAGAUGAGUGGAGCGGCGUCUGAACCGGACCUUAGGCCCGAUCAAAUUUCGAAUUUCACAUGUUAACUCCUAUUUUAGUCGACUAAAAUAAUUAAAUUUGACAGUUCAGACGUCGGAUAUAAUGGUACUGGGUUUAAUUCCAUUUGUUGUAAAAAUUCCCAGUCUUUAAAACGGCUUAAUUGUAUAAUGAAAAAUAUAUAUGGAUAAUAGUUUCUAUAAUCAAUGCAUUGUAUUCGGCAUAUGUGAAAUGCGACGUCCGACUCAAAUGUCGAACCUAAGUCGCAGAUUUGGUAAAGUCGUAUUUGAAUUUGAAACUGUCGAAUUUAAUUGAUUCAGACGUCGCAUCUCACAUGCAGUUAAUUCUCGGAAUCUUUCUUUUUAAACUCCUUUUUAUCUUUAUUUUGUUUUCUUUCUUUCUUUCCUUCUUAAAGCUAGAAAUAGUCAGUUUUGUUCUAACAGUAAACGUUCCUGCCUUUCUUUAAAGCAAGCCGAGUUGCAGGAGAAUCUCGAAGCACGGGGUGAACGGAUGGGAGGAGUUCAGACACACAAGAGAAUGGUAGCGUCACUUGAAAAACAGAUUGCUGUACAGGAAAAGAAACUGGAACAAGUAAGACACGUUCAAAUUUUCCUCCCUAAUAUUAUACUACCGGUAUUUGAAGAGUUCAUCUGACGCGGAGAAUGUGGUUUUUUCUUGGGUAUUUUUCGUGGGUGUCAAUCGCUUACUUGUCAACAGUGAUCAAUCUGGCCAAUCAGAUAAUGAUACCAGAAUCUGGUAUCAUGGAUGGGCGGCAUCAGACACAAAGUCUACAGGCUCCCCAGCCUUUUGUUUUCCCCCAGGCCACGUUCGGCUCGCUUCGCCCGCCGAUUUUCUUUUUCGCCCUGGGGCCCCUCUCGAAAGACCCGGAAACUUUUCAGGCCCGAAGGCAAAUUUUAAAAUCACAACCUGUUUAAUGGUAGCCCAGUUCCCAGCCCACAAACCAGUCAGUUUUGCUUCUUUAAAUGAUAGUUUCCUUGUAUCAUUUUUAAAAAUUAUUGAAACUUUCAUCUUGAAUGCAAACACAGCAAGCAGGCCCCUGCUCCACUUGAGAGCCUGUUCGCAGGCUAUUUGGCAACCGGUGGUUCACCUGAACAGUUUGUGGUGGUCUUCUGUGGUGGCCCCCACAGAAGCUAUGCACCUAUGGGGCACCGAAAAUGGCUUGUUCAUGGCUUCUGGAAAGUAGCGAUAGACAAAAACGUAAACACGAAAAAGAAACGAGAUUAUUAUCUUCUACCUUCGUCUCUCCCUCUUCCUUGUCAUGACUGUUCGAGAACCUGGGUCUUCUUUGAAAAGAAAGAUUAGUUGCAAUUACAGCAGACCUUGCUUGUCGUUUUCUUGUCCUCUAGGCUAGCCUUUUUAAAUGCAUUAAAUGCCUUUAUUUAAUGAAGGAAACUGUGAAUCUUUUUGUACAUUGUAACUAAACUGUCUGUUUUUCACAGGUACAAGAAAAGCACAACAAACUGCAAGAAACUUUGAAUCAGUCUCAAGAGCAACUUUCGCAAGUAAGAAUGAUAGCUUUUCUUUUAGUGGACUAGACGGUGUGUUAAAUAGUUUCUGCUGCUUUUUGUUCAAUUUGUGAUGUAAAAUGUCUCGCGCGUGUCGCUGUUUGAGCUCAGUUAAACGUAGAGUUUGUAUUGUAGUCUUUAGGGCUGAAAGGAUCUACCAUCUUUGCUAAUUUUGCAGUAGUGCUUAAGGCUUUUUUUCUUCUGUUUUUUCUUUGAAGGUUCUUUCUCGUGGGGAGAGAAUAAGUGAAGAAAUGGAGAAGAUUAAUGAAUUGGAGAGUGGUGAAAAUGCCAGGUAUUGAGUCUGAACUUACCGUAAAAUUCCGAAAAUAAGCCCCGGGGCUUAUAUUUUUUAAAGGCCCUGUUUAAGGGGCUUAUUUUUGGAGGGGCUUAUAUUCGGCGGGGCUUAUCUACGGAGGGAAAUUUGCGUUUCAAAACCGAUUGGGCUAGCCUUAUAGUUGGAAGGAAAUUUACCGUUUUUGCUUUGUUUUAUUUUGCAUUUGAGGGCAAUUUCCAAGUACAAGCCCCCCGGGGGGCUUAUAUUUGAAGCUGCGAUUUAACGGAGGGUUUUUUGCGUUACGAGUUUGAGGGGCUUGUACAUGGAGGGGCUUAUUUUCGGAAUUUCACGGUAUUAGGGAGCUUAAGCAACGACGAAGGCUACGUCAACAAGAACGCCAUGACAUUUUUUUUAUUACAUUUUUCUUCCAUUCACCACCGAGCUUAAUUAACCAUUUUUCUUUUAAUACCUAUCACCACAAAGCACGCGCUUAACAAUGCUGAUCUGCUCCUCUGAACAAGAUAUGUAUGUGUAAUCAAAUGGUGACGAGUGAAAUUAGGGAAUAAUUUCACGCGCGUUUUGCCCAGAUCCUAAUAAAGGCUCGGGAAAUUAUUAGGAUUUGGACAAAAUGCAAGUGAAAUUAUUCCAUAAUUUCACGAGUAUACCAUUUGAUUACCUAUUAAUAUCAUGGGUGACGAAUUACGUUAGCAAUCUUGGAUUUUUGACAUGUUUAUCGGUCAGUUGUUCAUGUAUGACCCCAUGAAAUGUCCUCAGGCAUACAUGAACUACUGACCUGUUUAUCCUGGAUCGUAUCGAUCGAGAACUCCACUCUCUCGAACGUUUAGAGCUUAAAUUUGACUCAAAUUUGGCAUUUUUCGACAAAAUACCUGUCAGAAUCCUUCUUGAUGUGCUCUUUGGUGUGUUCAGGUUUUCUAAAGCGUCUUUUUGUGCCCUGACAUCUUCAUUUAUGACAUUUUAAAACUUCGUCGCCAUCUUGACACUGAGACGUACGGAAGGUUGCCAUGGCAAUUUUGUAAUUUCACCUGUGAAAUUACAAAUUAUCGCUGAAAUUUCGCGCCAAAAUUAAAAAGUAAUUCAUCACCAACCUCGUUGGGCGGGUAGGACAGAACCCUGGGAACGAGGUUGAUUCGUCACCUAUGAUAUUAAUUAAAGAGCGUUACAUAUGAACCUUGUGAAUGUUGUUGCUCUCCUUGAGCCGCCUCGUAUCUAAUUAAGGAUAGAGCACCCGCUGAUAUCUGGGAUGUUUAAGGCUGGAAUCCUGUCGGAAACUCAGCGGAUAACAUCCCCUUCAUUUUGAGCGAAGUGGAAUUAUCUCGAUGGAAUUUGAAAGGCUGCAAAUUCACUUUAUUUAAGACGUUUUCGCUUUCAUCACCGUCGUAGUUUCGUGAGCACCCUACCACCUAUCAUGAUAGGAGACAUUUUUUCCGUGAGCCCAUCACUUCUAGAGGCAAAGAAUCAGAGGUAAAACAUGUUAUGUGGGAUUUGUCUAUGUGUUUUCACGAUUCGUUACAUGUUUUCUUUGUUUUCUUUCUCCUGCACCUGAUAGCAUUCUACAAAAGCUUCGUUCAAUUGUGGCCAUGAAUGAAAAUCUGAAGAAACAAGAGCAGCAAUUUAGAGCACAUUGCAAGGUAAACAAUAGCAUGCAGAUAUAUACUGGGUACCUAAUUAAAAAAAGUUGGCAUUUGGUCAUUGGAAAUUUGGGCAUACGGAACUCACUGUAAUGAUUUGCUUGGUUGACUUCCUAACAGUAGCUUUCCAGUGCGCAAGUGCCCAAUGUCCAGGGCAUUGAAUCAGGUAUAUACAGCCUACGUACGUCAUUAUGCUUAAAACACAAACCUCUACGUACUGGUUAUUUUGAGGUUGUGCAUUGUCGAAUUGCACUAUGGGACUGCUUUGAGGACGCAGUCGCUUCUUUUAUUGGCUAUUCGCCACUUUAGGGUUGUGCAGGAUACCGGUUGUCCUGGGUUUUCAUUAAGAAUUCUAGUAGCGGGAGAAAGAUGUAACGGCUCCACGUCUGAAUAAAAAACCGUUCUAGGCUACCGAACAUUAGCCGGAGAAUCCAGGGUAGUAACUCCGAUCAAAGUGCAAUAACAGCAUUGUGGGACUGUUUUGGGGGACGCAAAUAAAUAAGAGAAGGAAGAAAACAGUAGGUAGUAAGAGGACUUGAACCCGCGUCAUUCAUAUCCACUACACCAUCAAGGGCUAACUGCCGAGACCGCCGGGUUAAUUUAACGUACUUUACACGGCGUUAAUCAUUACAUCAUUGAAAACUAACCGUUUUUAAAACAUUGCUUAACCCUAAUCACUGUACUUCGGUGCUUAACCCUGUAUUGAACUCUUUUCCUUGUACAACUAUCUCUUACUCUGAUUUCCCCAACUUUUCUAAAAGUUUCGUGCCCAGUAAAUUCGCCUAAAUUUAGUAUAGCGUGGUGUAGAGUAUAGCGUUGUGUAAUAAACAUAAGGUGUCCAACCUGAUGUUGAGGUAUCCAUUCUAGUCACAACCGCGGGAAAAUGAGCCAAAUCUCCUCCCCCUAAAACCGUCCCACAAUGCAGUUCUACACAACACCGACCCACUCUUACCAGCGACAUGAUAUGAAAGUAUGAAAGUAGCUUUCUAUAUUCAUUCAAUUAAAACUCAUUUUCUCCUGAAACAUUUUUUACCUGGCGUCGUUUGUAAGCUGAGGCUUUUUUUAACUCGGAAUUGGCCUAUCGAUUUUACUUAGUUUCUAAAACAUUCUCAUUGUUAUGUUACUUUCUAUUCUCAACCAGGAAGAAAUGGCUCGCUUACAGGAGAACCUCGAAAAGCUAAAGGCUCAGGGUUCUGAAGAUGACAGCGAAGAAAAGGUAAAUCUAAAAAGUAUUCAUUCUCGACCGACCUUAGAGCUCACGCUUUUGACUCCGCGCGUGGUCGUGCGAAGAAUUCCUUUCGCCUGCAAUUUGGUGAUUGAAUGCUGAUUAUCCGAGAAAAUGCUUUGAAACAGAAUAACAAAAAAAAAAACGGGUUAAAAUUUAACCCGGGAUUAACGUUAAUCGGCCAUCGAACAACUGGGCCGACCUGGUUCCUGAAAGGCCUAUUAGCGCUAACCCAGGAUUGAAAUUUUGUUGCACUUUUUGUAUUUACCUUUCUGUGCAUUGCUUAGAGUAACAAUUUGUGUUAUCAUUACUGUAUCUCAGAGCAAGGACUCAACAGUAAUUUGUUAAUUUGAGUUACAUGUUCGUAGACAAGAAAACAGUGCUUAAAAUUUGGCUUAAUCUUGGGUUAAACUUAACCAUUUCUCGACGAACCGGACCCUAGGGUUGGAGACUGUGAAGUAAUUAAAUGCGCGCUAUGCUUUGAGUCAUGUUGACUCUUCAUUUGACUUAUGCGGCAGAUAAGAAUACUAACCCGACAGAUAGCAGAACCACCGAGUUUUAACUCUGGGUGCUCUGCGGCAUGUAACAAAGUCACUAUAACGGUAUUUUUACUUGUUUUUAAAAUCGCUGCAAAAGUAUUUUUAAAAGAUCUUGCGUGUAGACACCGUGCUUCUCUCUGAUUUAAAUCUGAGGUCUUGGUUUCUAUUCUCACCUUGGUUAUCGAAGAGAAUUUAUUGGAUUCUAAAGUAGUACGGAUAAAUCAACUGAACGGACAAGUCGUUUAGUAUAAAAGCGUGACGAACAAAAUUUUGAAUUUCCAAAUAGUCCGUUUUCAUCUUUACUAUAUCCAUUUUGAAAUCACUUGUGAUCCCUGCAAUCUGAUUGGCUUUCAGCGGUGUGAUUUAUUCACGAAUCACAUUAUUUUUUGCUCCAAAUCGCGUCAUUCUUGUUCUAAAUCACGUCAUUUCUGUCUUAAAUCGCACCAUUUUCGCUCUAUAUCGCAUUAUUUCUGUUUCAAAUACAGAAUGAGAUGUAAAAGCCUUUUUGUUUCCGCUUUUCUACCAACCAGCUACAAGAUCAUUAAAUAUUCGUAAUGACUGAAUUCUGCGAUUUCAAAAUGGCUGUAAUAAAGUGGUAAUUGAACUUCGUGUCGUGCAAUUUUGGUCUGAAAUCAUACUUGUAAUACAGCAAUUUCAACUUGUCUUUUCUCUCUGCGCGCUCGUCCGAUUUUGAAAUCACGCGCAUGACUUUAGACCAAAUACGCUGCAUUCAGUUCAAUUACCAUUAUGUUUAUAAAGACGAUUUUCCUGAGUCGAUUUGUUCGUCUAGGCAGAGAAAUCGUCUAAAGUGCGACUUUUGAAUUUGCAUCAGACAAAUUUGUCCGUCUUCUUGUGUGAGAAUGGCCAUUGUAAGUUACCCUAAGCGAACAACUAGACAGACUCGUUUACGGUAUUUACUGUGUUUGAAUUUUAUUCUCUCUUUUUAUUUAUUCAGGAAAGAUUAGAACUUAUUGAUAAACAAUUCGAGGCGGAUAAAGCCAAGCUGGAGAAAAUAAGACUUCUGCUGGUAAGUUUUUUGUUCUAGUAAUAUUAAACCAGAAUCAAAUUUGAUUGAUAAUGUAAAUGUAACUCUCAGUUCUUCUUUCUCCACCUUAUUUUUGUUUACGAAGGCUCGAAAGAAUCGCGAGAUAUCUUCGCUUCAGCGGAAGAUUGACGAGGUACCAUCACGCGCGGAGCUUACUCAGUACCAGAGAAGAUUCCUGGAGCUGUAUAACCAUGGUUUGUAUUUAUACUCCCGAGAGUUCCUUUAAAAAAAUCUUAAAGAAAGGUCCAAAUUUCGUCCCGUGAUUGCGGAAAUGCAGAAAUUAAAAACUGAACGAAACGAAUUUAGUUCCGAAGAGGAUUUUAUUUUAGUGGUUACUCCUGCAUAGGAUUUUCUUCACAAAGUUAAAACUUCUUUACAAGUUUUUAUGACUGUGAGUGAAAAUCUAACCUCAACAAAACGAUGAAAAGUGCUACGAGAUUUUAUUGUAUUUCUUUUUGAAAAUUCUUACAAUUUUUUAAAGGAAUAUAAUUGUAUACGUUUGAGCACGUUACGAUCAAACUUAAUUUUUAUUGUCCACAUUCUUCCUCUGCUUUUAAAAUCAAAGAUGGCGCCUGAACGCUCGCCAUGCAAUCCAUCCUAUCGCUAGAUAGGAAAUAAUUUAUUCUGUGGUAUUUUAUCCCUGAUGUGCAAAACCUCCAUGUUAAUUUUGCAGUUGCUGGGACUCAUAAGGAAACUAAGCAGUUUUUUACCUUGUACAAUACACUGGAUGACACCAAACUCUACUUAGGAAAAGAGGUGAGUUUCCGUAAAUUCUCUAUUAAGCACGUGACCUUCCUAAUAGAAAAUUACUUUGCGCGGAUAUUAACUACGCAGAGAGGGUGGAUUAAACGAAAAAUUGGAUGAACAUGCCAGUACAAAAACCGAACGCAGCGUUUCCUCUUGUAAUACAGUGUCAUUGCUUUUCUAACAUUCACCUCGUGUUUUUCCAGGUUAACCUAUUGAAUUCCAUCCAUGAUAACUUUGAACAGUAAGUUAGCUCGUUUUUACACUUACAAAUAUUUCUUAUAUUGAAGGAGAAAAUGCCCUUUUGCGGCUGGUCAAUCACGUGGCUCAAAGAGAAACAAAAACUUCCUGAUGUAAGACAAAGAAAGAGCUUACAUCUUAUGAAAUAGUACUUUUUAACGAAAGCUCAGAGAUACAUUGAUUGCGGCCGCCAUCUUGAAAGCAAUUGAAAAACCUAAGGGAGGAGGGCAGCAUUGGAAUCAUUUUUUGGCUCGCCCCAACUCUCUGUCAGUCAGUUUAACGUUCAAGACGGCGGGAAAUUAAUAGUAUAAUUGUUCGCACUGCAAAAUACGCCUUCCUUACAGGCUACUAGCUCUCCUGUAUGGCGUUUUCUUUCCACGUGACUGUCCAGCUACAAAACCCAUUCAUCAGCUGCCCAAUGGGUCAUUUUCACCAUGAUGUUAUUUUACUAUAACUGUCAGAAUGCAAUUCGCUUUCUCAAUAGUAUUUCGUAAUCCUAAUCCCAGUAGCUUUUAAACUGCGAUGGUCCUAAUUUGCCCGAGAACAAGGAAACUAGAUGCCUUCUGACAGUUGUAGUGAAAAAAUGCCAUUAUUAAAGUGUGCUUCAUCAUUAGUUGAUUGAUAAUGAUAAGGUUGUUUGUUUGUUUGUUUGUUUGUGUUGAUGGGGAGUUUUGUUUAUGUAUAUUAUUUAUUUUAUUUUUUUGUUUUGUUUUUGUAUUUCUGAGUGGUACUGGGUUGAGGAGGGGGGAUGAGCAGUUCCAGGAACUCGCAGAGCACGAGAAUUAGUCUAAAACUUGAUCUUGACGAUCCUUUUGCUUUUCUUCAUGUCCUUUUAAGAGCAAUGUCAUCUCCUUCAAACAAAGAACAGUUCUUAAAACAGUUUGACAGUAUAGUCAGAGGAAUUGUUGACAACAAGGAGAGGGUAAGACAAGAUACUCAAGCCUAACUUGUUCACAAGCCUCACUGGUUGAUCCAUCCAUGAGUCCAAUUUCCUCAGUGUACUACUAACCCCGAAACCCUGUGUGUUCUAGCAAAACUUAACAACAGUAAAAACCCGCGACUCAUAAUUGUCGACAACAAGGAGAGGGAAAGACAAGAUACUCAAGCCUGACUUGUUCACAAACCUCACGGGCUGGUUCAUCCAUCCAUUAGUCCAAUUUCCUCAGGGUAUUACUAACCCCGAAACCCUGAUUUUCAAAAUGUGUGUUCUAGCAAAACUUUUAAAGAUACAGUGAAAACCCGCGACUUAGAACCUGCAGUUUGCCAAGUUAAUCUAAACAAGUUCUUACAUAAAUGAUACUUGACACAAAUUUAGGCUAUGUAGCUUCUUAAAUAGGUUCUUUUUUUCUAAAGACAAAAUGCAUUGUAUUGAAGAGUAUUCAGCUCAUUCCGUAGGUAAGCGGUCGGAGAGAAAAGUUAGCUGCAUCGUCUGCAUCUUUUUGUGAAUUUUCGUACAGUUUUUUCAGUCUUCUGUUUUGUGUUUCUGCGUUCUACUUACCUACUAACGUGGCUUGUAUAAUUUGUUUGAUUUAUUUUCAGUUAGAUAUAAGUGCAUGUUUGUGUUGUAUUUUUUGUGUCAUUUCGACCCUAAUAAUGUAAUUUAUUCUAUAUAAUUUGGCUUCCAAGACUUGUUAACUCUCUAGUUAUUUUAGGAAGCCAACAAAUUUAAUUUUUCUUAAGUAUGAGGGGUCAAUAAAAGUUUUUGUUGUUGUUGUAAAACCUGUAUACCAUUACAAUUGCAGUUGGAGUAAUAUUAAGUCACUUAUGUAUCCAAAGAGGUAGGAUCCUGAAUGGUGACUUACCUUAUAUUCGCCCAACUGUACAGAAUUUUUUCAAUGGAAUUUAGCAAGUAAGAGCCUGUUUCAAAUUUGAGGCUAAACAGAUUCUUGUAUAAUGGGGGCCUUACUGGCAAAUUUUAGCCUAACAAGUAAAAUACAGGUUCUUAGUCGCGGGUUUUUAGUGUAAUUACCAAGCAAUUAAUAUUUUUAUUUUUUCUUAAUUCAAUUUCCUAAGAUUGAGAAAAAGAAAGCUGUGGAAAAACAGAGGCGCGACGCGUUGAACCAAAAGUACCUCGAUAUUGUUGAACAGGAAAGGUUGUACUUCAAAACAGUCAAAGAUUUCACCGAGGUAAGUCGAUAUGUGGUUGCUCUGUCGUUAUUUGUACAACAUUUUAUGGAAGACGAGAUAAUGAAAAAAAUGAGGGUUAAAGUUGAGAGUGAGAUUUCGACCGCUUUGCAGGCAUUAUCGAUGAGCAAGAUAAAACGCUUUUUGAGUGUUUUAGUUGUUUGUCGUAUCAACGUCUUUCACCCCAGAAACUGCAAAAAGUAAGUUCGAUAUUGUGAUGUCUAUGACACCGGUUUAAUAAACAGUGCCACAGGAAAGUACUGCUUAGUUGCUUUCCCACUUUACAAUUUCAUUCAUAGACUCAAAAGUUAGAAUUACCUUGUACAGCUUAAUAAACAGUACCACAAGAAAGUACUGCUUUGUAGCUUUCAUUUGAGUGGUGACACUUCAUGAUUUCAUCACCAAACUCAAAAGUUAGAACCAUCUUGAACAGCAUAAUAAACAGUACCACAGAAAAGUACUGCUUUGUAGUUUUCUUUCACACUUUUGGGUUUUAUCACCGGACUAGAAAUAUAAAGAACUACCACUGAAAAGUACUGCCAAAAGUUAGCCAUCAUGAUCUUGUGCUAAUCAUUCAUUACUAUCUUUUUUUUUUUCGUUUGCAGGAGUGCCACAAAAAUGAAGUGUUGUUGUCCAAGCUUAAAAACUUGGGGAUCUCUUAACCGUUAUUGUACAUCUUUAUUCGCAUAAAAAUUGUGUUAUCUUUUUUGUCUCGUUGGUUAGUUUGAGUAGAUUUCAAUCAGCUUGCGUGCAGCAAUGCAGAUAGGUAAAUUUUCAAGAAAAGAAAGCAGAUAAUAAUAAAAACUAGAAUUAAAAUUACAGAGAGAAACACUGUUUCACCACGCCCAACAAAUUGAGGACAUUUUGAUUUCUCUCCUGACUUUUAAAUUACUUCGGGGAAAAAAUGGACAAUGGACUAGCCGAAUGUUUCGCGAAAACAAUUUAUCAGGUUCGGGCCUUAGUACAGGGCAACCUCGUCAAUACACCUGGAAAUUUAGUCAUUUUAACGGGAUAUCGUAACGAAUUUUGACCCCGUUAACAAACAGUCCCUAAAUUUUUCGCAGUCCCCAAUUUUUCCGUAAGGUCGUCGAGAUCGAGCGCUUUGCGUUGCGGGCGACCGUCUUGAAUUGUAUAAGUGUCGAAUCUACUUAGGGAGUGGACGGUUAACCAGGAUGGAGGCCAGUUUGGCUUACAACCACCCCCUCGGUACAUACUCAAUCCUGACGAUCUCAGGCUUACGAUCGACGUAAAAACAGUCCCAUGGUGCAAUUCGUCAUCAUCGACCCUUGCCCGCGAGUAUCUUUGAAAUGACCAAUGGCCGCUGGGUUUAGGGGGGAGUAGGACGGGGGUUGCAUUGUAAAGUGAAAUUAAAUGCUUCUCGUGCUAAAAAUAUGAGUGAAUGUACAUUCCAACCUCGUUCCCAGGGUUCCAGAGAGAGGUAGGAGAGGGAACCUGAGAACGAGGUUGCCUCCCUAAUUAGGACACCAAAUAGUCAAAGACACAUGCCCGUAUUACAGAC